AUGGCUUUGAAAAAAGUCAAAGGGAACUUCGAGAGAAUGUUCGAUAAAAAUCUGACAGACUUAGUACGAGGAAUCAGAAAUAACAAAGAUAAUGAGUCGAAGUAUAUAGCACAAUGUAUGGAAGAAAUAAAAGUAGAACUGAGGCAGGACAACAUAGCAGUGAAAGCCAAUGCAGUGGCUAAGCUGACAUAUCUCCAAAUGCUGGGAUAUGACAUAUCCUGGGCAAUAUUCAACAUAAUAGAAGUGAUGAGUUCCAAUAAGUUUACUUACAAGCGUAUUGGUUACUUAGCAGCUAGUCAGUCAUUUCAUGCGGACUCAGAAUUACUAAUGCUCACUACAAAUAUGAUAAGGAAGGAUCUCAAUGCACAGAAUCAGUAUGAGGCCGGCCUGGCACUAAGUGGACUCAGCUGUUUUAUAUCCCAUGACUUAGCUAGAGACCUGGCUAAUGACAUCAUGACAUUGAUGAGUUCCACGAAGCCCUAUCUUAGAAUGAAAGCUGUGCUUAUGAUGUACAAGGUAUUUUUAAGGUAUCCAGAGGCACUAAGACCUGCAUUCCCUAAAUUGAAAGAAAAAUUAGAAGAUCCUGAUCCAGGUGUACAGUCGGCUGCAGUGAAUGUAGUAUGUGAAUUAGCAAGGAAAAAUCCUAAAAACUAUCUGUCAUUAGCUCCAGUGUUUUUCAAACUGAUGACAACAUCCACCAACAACUGGAUGUUGAUUAAGAUUAUCAAAUUGUUUGGUGCCUUAACCCCAUUAGAGCCUCGACUUGGCAAGAAACUGAUAGAACCAUUAACUAACUUAAUACAUAGUACGUCAGCGAUGUCGUUGCUGUACGAGUGCAUUAACACGGUGAUCGCGGUACUGAUCAGCAUCAGCAGCGGUAUGCCAGGCCAUGCCGCCUCUGUACAACUCUGCGUGCAAAAACUCAGAAUACUCAUUGAAGACAGCGAUCAAAAUUUAAAAUAUUUAGGCCUGUUGGCGAUGUCAAGAAUACUCAAGUCUCACCCCAAGUCGGUGCAGGCACACAAGGACCUGGUGUUGGCCUGUUUAGAUGACAAAGAUGAGUCCAUCAGGCUGAGAGCUUUGGGCUUAUUGUAUGGUAUGGUAUCAAAGAAGAAUUUGAUGGAGAUCGUUAAGAAGUUGAUGGUGCACAUGGAUCGGGCGGAGGGAACAUUGUACCGCGACGAGUUGCUCACUCGUAUCAUCGAGAUCUGUUCGCAAAACAACUACCAACAUGUCGUGGACUUCGAGUGGUACGUCACUGUACUGGCUGAGCUCACUGAGAUGGAGACCAGCGCUAAGCAUGGCCGCAUGGUGGCGGCGCAGGUGACGGAGGUGGGCGCGCGCGUGGCGGAGGUGCGCGAGUUCGCGGCGCGCGAGUGUGGCGCGCUGGUGGCGCGGGCGGCCGCGGCGCCGCCCGGCCCGGCCUCCAAGGAGGUGCUCUACGCCGCCGCAUACGUGCUCGCUGAGUACUGCCGCGAGGAGUCAGUGAUGCGCGAGUCAGUAUCUGGUCUGCUAAUAUGCGCGGGUACAGGCGGCGGACACAUGCGCGCGCGCGCCGUCUGUGUACACGCCGCGCUCAAGAUCGUCGCCAACCUACUGCGACUGUACGAGGGACGGAACGAUAUGGAAGCCGCUAUUUCUAUCCUCCGCGAGGCUCUAUCGGGUCUGCGGCCACUGCUAUGUAGCGAGGACAUGGAGGUGCAGGAGCGAGCACACAACGCGAGCGCCCUGCUGGCGCUAGUACUGCGCCGCCUGAGCCCCGGGGACUCCGUCCUCGCCGCGCUGCCAGACUCCACGCUCCCGGACACUGCGCGCCCUGACACCAUCCUCGUCGAGCAUCAACACACUGAUGACCUUGAAAAAGAGGAUAAUCUUGACCCCAUAAACGGAGAAAGUACUACGUCGGGCUUCAGCGGCGGCCUAAUUGAGGAACUAGCAGACUUGUUCGACGGGGAACUGAAGCCGGUGGCGCCCAAAGCACAGAAGAAAGUGCCUAUGCCUGCAGAUUUGAAUCUGGAGCAAUGGUUGUCCCACGACCACUGGUCGUCGGAUAGUUCUAGCUCGGAGGGCGAGCCCGAAGCCGCCGUGUUCGCAGCGCCACAAAAAGACGCGCGACCCACCGCACAGUUCACGCCGGAGGAACUUGCCAUGUUACGCGAGGCCCGAAGACAGGAGCAAGCAAACAACCCACAUUACCUGAAGGAUGACUCGCCGCGGUCCUACCAACAAGACGACAUUCCCAUCGCUGAAAUAGCUCUCGAAGUCCCACUGCAAGUCCACACCAAGAGAUCUGAUAAAUAUUUACUGUCAAGAGAGAAUUCAAGCAAGAAAAAGAAAGAAAAACGAACGUCAAAGAAAAGGAAAAGCAAAAAGGACAAACCAUCGAGCGACUCCGAUAGUGAAGAAGAGGCAAGUCUCAGUCGGCCCGCAGUGGCGGAAGGUGGCGAGCUGCCCGAGGGCGCCGCACUGUCCGACGAGGAGCCGCCGCCGCCACCUGACGACCCCCACCGUGCGCUUGACCUCGACCUCGAUCAGCCGCUUCGUGACGAAGAACUACUUACAUCAAGAAUAAAUCAAUAUCCCUCUCCUGAAGGUGGAUUGUUGACUAAAAAGUCAAAAUCAUCAAAGAAAAACAAAUUGGCUGAUAAAGGUUCCGGCGACAAAGCAUCAAAGAAAAAGAAGGAAAAGAAAUCUAAGCAAAAGUCUGUAGAUUUAAUUCUGCCAGAAGUAGCGGAAGAUCUGCUUAUCGAGGAUUUAAGUAAGACAAAUGGCAAGAAAUCUGUGAAAGGAAGUGACGAAGUGGAAGAAGCUAUACUCGUCGAUCCCCACCCCAAGGGCACUAAGACUGAAAAACAUAAAAAAUCUAAAAAAGAAUCAAAAGACAAAGAGUCCAAGAGGAAUAAAUCAUCAUCUAAGAAAGGCAAGCACGAAAAGAAGACGGGAUAUGAAGAAGCUUUAGGUAUAUCUACACCUAGCAAAGAAGUCAUUUAG